UUUAAGCCAGAGCUGACCCUGUUUAGUUGUAGUUGUUGGUAGUUGUAGGUGAGGCCUGUGCUGACCACCAUGUCCAAAAUUGGAGGUAUCGGAUCAGAGAUGUCCGCGACCCCUGAGGUCCAGCAGAUCUGCGACGAGGUGAAGCCGCAGGUGGAGCAGAAAACUUCCAGGACCUUUGAGGUUUUUGUCGCCAAAUCAUUCGCCACCCAAGUUGUGUCUGGAAUGAACUACUUCAUCAAGGUGCAGGUGGGUGGGGAGGAGUACGCUCACCUGAAGGUGUUCCAGUCUCUCCCUCACGCUGGACACAAACUGGAACUGCUCAGUGUCCAAACUGGAAAGACUCUUGAUGAGCCCAUCGUCUACUUCUGAGAAUCUUUCACUCAUGCUCCUGAAGCAGAUAACGGUUCUAGGUCACAGUACUCAGCUAUCACAUGCAUGAUGAGGGCAAAGUUAAAAUAAUGAUUCCCCUUUCCUGCGAUUACUAAAAUAAAAAGCAAUUUAAAAAUAA